CGAUUGAGCCGCCGUGGGAGAGAGUCGUGUUUCUCGGCGCUCCCGCCGAGCUGCAUGAAUCGCCCCUGCCCGCCGCUCGCCCGCCCGAACCAGGACCCGAGCUACGUUUUUCCGCCGGAAAACUUCGCUCGCCACCGGAAAGAGCUGCCCGAAGGCAAGUGAGCGUCACAGCCGCAUUUUUUCCGAAGCCUCCGACAUCGACGCCGCCGCCGUUCCCGGCCAGUGGGAAGGCUGGGCCUACCAUUAGGCCUAGCUCGCCCUGCCUUCGGCUACGAUGGCUACCGCCUCCAGCACGGAACUACCGGCCUCCCCCGACACCGAAAUGACACCCGAUGCAUCUUCGCCACCCGACGAAACGCUGACAACAUCCAAGCAAGGAACUCCCGCCACCACCAUCACGAACAGGCUCCCCCCAAAGAGAGCCCGCAACGAGAGCGAAUGCUCCGAGCGCAGCCCGACGGAUUUCGAGGACGGCCAAGAUGCUUCCGCCGAUUUCACCGACUCCGACAAUCAGUUCCCCUGGAUCACCGUAUCCCGGAGGAAGAGGAUCAACAAGCCGGACAAAGGCAGCAAACUACCCCGUCACGACCUGGACAAAUACCAAGUCACCAUCCGCCCACGGGCCCGCGUCGACGUCUCAAAACUCCCGAGCUAUCUCAUCGGAGAACAACUUCAAAGAGCAAUAGGCGAGACCGUUCUCGAAGAUCGCCUCGCCUACCGCCGCAACGGAAUGACGAAUACAAUAUCCGUCACCGUUUACGACGAACGACACCUAGCAAAUCUACUUCAGCUCACGCACCUUGAGACAGGCAGCGGCAGAGUCGACGUCCAAGUCUACCGAACGGCCACCAGGGAAUUCCCACGCGGGGUCGUUCAUCUGACACCCGACAUCCCACCGGCGAAACUCCUCGAGGGGCUUCGAGCCGACUACCAUGAGAUUGUUCAGGCCAGGCCGCUGGGAUCCAACGGCACAUACCUUCUGACCUUCCAAGGCCAGGGUGUACCCCGCCGCAUCCGCGCCUGGCACGAGAUCAUACAAGUCAAGCCGUACCGCCCCUCCACGGUGGUCUGCAACAACUGUCACGGCCUGGGCCACAAGUCCGACAUCUGCACGCAGGAAAAGCGCUGCCAGUCCUGCGACGGUCUUCUGACCGAAGGACACCGCUGUGAGUCAGUCAAGUGUCGCAACUGCGGCUCCCAAGACCACGUCGCCACCUCCCGGGACUGUCCAGAGAGGAAAAAGGUAGACUCUAGGAUCCAAGCCCGUGCUCGACCACGCCCGGCCUUGAACCAACAACUGCAUCGCCGGCGAAUAGCAGUGGGAAACCAAGGCCAAACUCCUGAUCCUCUACCACAGCAGCCAAAGUCGGGAAGGCAAGCCCAGACCCCCCAUUCAGGAGACGGGCGAGCCCCGCCCUCCUCCAAGCAGACCAAAAACCCAUCGCCCCGAUCGACUGAAAACAUUACUGACCAGCCAGCGCCACCGCAAGACACGUACGCAUAUAAAGCCACGCCUCGCAACUGCAGAACCCCAUCAACCACGCCGCUCAUGGACCAACGCAACGAGCUUCUCACCCUCUUAAGGCGGUAUAAGGAGGAGGAAGCAGAGCACGCACGCAUAGCUGCCGACCGCCGACGAAAAAUGGCUACCCUACAAAAAAAGAUAGAGGAACUGGAAGUCAAUUUCCAGCCGGGCCCCCAGCAUCAAGUGUCGAGCCAGCCGCAAGCUCACCCAAGCCCGCAACCACCUCUGCGAGACACGCCGCGAUCACAGGCAAACCACCCCGCACCCCCUCCAGCAAGCAACAAGCAACCACAGCAGGAGCAAUCCCAGCCUCCACCAUCUCAAGGUGACCUCAAGUCCCAAAUGCAAGUCUGGCUGCAACAAAUGCAAGUACAACUCCAGCAGCAAAUGCAGCAGCAAAUGCAGGCCCACUUCAAUCAACUCAUAGCCGAGCUCCAACACUCAACCCUUGCCCCCACCCCGCCGGCACCGCCGCAGUUCCAACUACGUCAGCCCAUCCUCACCGUUAAUGUCCCUGGACAAUAAGCCGCGGAACAAGGGGGAUCCACGCAGCAGUCACACCAGCAGUCCUCAUAACCAGCAAACUCAAGGCCCCGGGAAAUUCAUGCCGUCACUAACCUCGCCCUUGGUUCCGACACAACUUCGAAUCCUACAAUGGAACUGCAGAAGCCUAACCAAACGCAAAAACGAAUUCCAGCUUCGACUGGCUCAACACCGACACUCGUACGACGCGAUCUUGAUGCAAGAAACCAACGUGAAGGACCCCAGACUCUCCGCAUACAACUACUUCCACAACCCUGCGAUCGAACGGAAAUAUACAAAGACCGGCCCUCCUGAAGCACGAGGACUGGCCACCGUCUACCUCAAGGGGACCGUACCACAUGCCCAAAUUGAUACGCAGAAAUGGUGCACACCAGACCAGGAAGUCACUGCGGUGCGCACACUCAUAGACAACCAUAAGCUCAUCCUCGUGUCGGCGUACGUCCGCCCUACCGCCGAAGACCCCAACUUCAGUUGGAUAGAAGAGUUACGAACGGUCUACCCAGACGAUAGGAUGGUCAUAGGCGGCAAUUUUAAUGCGCACCACCGGGAGUGGGGCUACGACGACGAUGACCAGAGAGGGGCCAGAUUACUAGAAGCUUACGAGAAGGCGGGUCUCGAGCUCGCGAACGACACGCAUGAAAAGACGAGAGUAGGCACCUCGGCCAACCAGCAGGACACCAACCCCGACCUAACCUUAGUGGACUCAAGAAUCGAGGGGAUGGAGUGGUCGGUGCUCCCCGACGCGUGGGGCAGCGACCACUACCCCAUAGAAAUAUCGAUCCGUAUCAAGAACAGGGCCAAGGCCAAGAAAACUGUGGUCACAGUCCUCUGGGACAAAUUCAGAGCCCUUUUACGCGCCCAAAUUGACGAAAACGACAUGUCGACAAAACUCUGCGCCUUGCUAGUAGCCUCCACGAGGGAAGCCUCGACCAAGAAGGAGGUGAACUGGGACAGCCCCACACCAGACACCCACCUCCUAUCCCUGUGGGACCACCGCACGCGCAAACUCACAGAGUACAGAAAAACCAAAGACCGGAACACACUGAAGGAAGUGAACAGAAUCACCGCCGAAGCAGAGGAAUAUGCACGAAAGCUCAGAGUGAACGAGUGGCUCGACCAUUGCGCUUCCUUUGACCAGCGUACGUCGAUACGCAAGCUGUGGCGCACCUUCCGAGGCAUGCUCGGUAUCACCAAGGUCCGCAACACGAUAGAAAACAUGGCCCUAGCCCUGGACAAGCCCCUCGAGGACGUACUUGAAGACAUGGGAAAAGCCUUCUUCCCCCAACCCUCGACGACCCCGAAUGCAGCAAUCUACACUCUAGAACAAGCACCGAAAGACCCCCCUCCGUGGAACACCCCGAUCACCCGAUGGGAGCUCGAGACCGCUAUUGACCAAGGGAGAAUAAAGUCUGCUCCCGGCCCAGACGGCAUCACCGCGAGCAUGCUGCGGAACCUACCCGAAGAAGGAAAGCAGCAAGUCCUUCGCUGGUUCAACCACAUGUGGGAAACCGACACCUUCCCGGACGAAUGGCAUGAGUCGUGGGUCACCCCGAUCCCGAAAGCGGGUAAACCCCCGAACACACCGAAGAAUACCCGGCCUAUAUCCCUGACCUCGGUAAUGUGCAAGCUGUUUGAGAGGAUCGUCCUAGCACGCAUCACCUGGAUCGCCGAGGACCGCAAGCUCUUCCACGCGGCACAAACGGGCUUCCGACAACAUUUGGGUACGAGAGACAGCCUUCUACUUCUGUCUACAGACGUCUACCGCAAGGGAAGCACCUGCUCGCUAGUCGCGGUCGACAUCUGUAAGGCAUUCGACUUGCUACCCCACGGAGCGAUCGUAAAGGCACUCCGAGAAGGUGGCAUCACCCACAAGCCCCUCAACUUUGUGAAGGGGUUUCUGAAACAAAGGAAGUACUCCAUCAAGACUGGCGACAUAUGCGGACCUCUAAGGAACAACAAUAUUGGUGUGCCCCAGGGCGCGGUGAUCUCCCCAAUCCUGUUUAACCUGACAAUGGCCCCGCUGGCGUGGCGCUUGAACAAGAUUUCCACCUUGAAGUUCACCAUUUACGCAGACGAUAUCACCAUCUGGACGACAAGUGGGAACCCGGCGAGGAGGGAGCAGACCCUUCAGAAAGGACUGGACACCAUUGAAGCAUUCCUCAAAGAGGCCGGACUCUCCCCGUCACCAGACAAAACCAGAUACAUGAUAUUUACCCGCAAAGGCCACCCAACUCACGACUUGACCUUCGGUGGUCUCCCCAUCGCCCAAGCAGAGACGCACAAGAUCCUGGGAGUGUUCUUCAACCAACGAAAGUCCCCCAAAGAAUGGCUAACCAGGAUGGCCAAGAUUUGGAAACAGGGCACGGCACUGGUCCGCCGCAUCGCCCAAAAGACCGGUGGUGCGAGCGAGGAGGUGGCCAAGACCCUGAUACGGGCCGUGCUAGCUUCCAAGGUACUUUACGGAGCAAACUACUACAAGUUGAAUAAGAGUCACUGGCGAGCAAUUGAAAGAUGGCAGAAUGACGCCCGAAGAACUAUUGCGGGCUUACCGAGACACACCAAACUGGAGGAGCUACACAGGUGCGUUCCCCUUCCCAAACUACAGGACUUAGCCAAGGACCAGCACGAACUGCACCUCGUCUCACUGCAACACACUAGACAGGGCAGGGCCAUACUACGACUCCUGCGACAAGACGUGUCCACGCUUCCUAAACUCGGCCGCCCAAUCCCCCCGUGGGAAAUAGCAGACGUGGCCUCCAGCACACCUAUACCGCGGAAUAUGGGCCUGGACCAACCGGAACGGCGCCGGGACUACGCCCAAAAGCACCUGACCGUCGUAACCACGAAACUGGAAGACCCCACCACCAUCGUGCUGUACACAGACGCAGCACAUAAGGAUCUAGUCACCACCACGGCCUGGCACGAUCUCCGCCAAAACAAGUCAUGGAGCCGCGAAACUAAGACCGCAGGAACGCCCGAGGAAGCCGAAGCCCAGGCGAUCCUUCACGCCCUGGAACACGUUACCCAAAGCCUGAACUCACCCGUGAAGACGGUGGACAUUUACACCGACGCCCAGGAAGCCAUACGAAGAUGCCGAAAGCACGACCCCAACAGCCCGACCACCCGGCGCAUUCUUGCACUCGCCAGGCGCCUCGAGAGCAAGAACGUUAAAACCACUGUACACUGGGUCCCCGGCCAUGCCGGAGUGCCAGGCAACGAGGCCGCUCACCGGUCCGCGGAAGCGCUAGCAACGUUUCUCCUUUCGCGGCCACGAAGUGUGGACUCCCUGCCCGGCACUUCAGCCUACUCUGGCAGGACCGGCCCCAGGAAACAAGACGAGACAAGAGACCGGACCCUCUACGACCCUGAAGACGCAAUGAGAAAGGUCAGACAAGACUUAAAGAAGAGGCUCCUGGCCUCCCUCCCGCGCGAACCCGACCCCAUCCCGCUCGGCCGCUACUCCAGGAAGAAAAUGGUCCUUCUGCGCAGGAUCAGGACCGGCAGUGCCGUGACCCCUCACGACCGACGCAAGUGGGAACUGAGUGCUGGCAAGAUCGGCAGAUACAGACCGCCAGUGUCGACAGCCAGUCCGCCGGCCUCCCCGCCACAGCCGCAACAGAUGCAACGCCAACAUUCACUGGAACAGCCUGAGAUCUGUCCCUACUGCAAAGAAACCCUAAGUGCAAACCUGCACCACCUCGUGUGGGAGUGCGGUCACUUCACCAACGAAAGAAAGAAAGCGCUUAGUCUUCUUCCACCAGCAUCGAGGCCGUCCAACCUGGAAGGCUGGGCCCGGCCUGAGGGAGACUCGGCCAGAAUCGCACUGAUCCUGGACUCAUUGCUCCUGUACUUAGAAAACACGGGCCUGGAGUCGACGUUCUGAGCACGGCCGUUCCUUCACGUCAAAGACUUCCCCAGAACCUGUUCCCUCCUCGAACCACGCCUAGGGCGACCGUUCGAAUGUUUCUUCCAAUAAACGUUUACUACCUACC